CUCCCCGAACGUUCCUGGACUUCACCCCCUGCCCCAAGCACGCUAAAAACACUGACAAGAAAAAGUUUUUAUUUCCCGGUUCAACUUUUUUUUCCCCUGGAAUAUAAACUGAAGAAUGGGAAUAAACACGGAUAAAUAACAAAGCGAGGCCGCGCGCGCCGGGAUGCGCCUGGCUGCAGCCCGCAGGGCUAUUGUCUGCCCGCCCUGAAGCCGGCCCGCAGGCUUCCCCGGUCCUUCCCUUCCCUGGUCCCCUUUGCUUUUCCUUUUGAAAAAGACGCCCCCCUCCAGCCCCCUCGCCGGUGACCUUGGCCGCCUCGGAUGCUCUGAUUCCGCGCGUCUCCCUCCAACUUGCUCCCGCGCCGCCGGGCCCAUGGCCGCAUCCGAGGACGGGAGCGGAUGCCUUGUGGCGCGGGGACGCUCGCAGAGUGACCCCAGCGUCCUCACCGACUCCUCGGCCACCUCCACGGACGCCGGGGAGAACCCAGAUGAGAUGGACCACACUCCCCCAGCACGCUCCGAGCCUCUGGUCUCAGGGACCCGCACACCCCCAGUGCGGAGGAACAGCAAGCUGGCCACCCUGGGCAGGAUCUUCAAACCCUGGAAAUGGAGAAAAAAGAAAAAUGAGAAGCUAAAGCAGACGUCAGUGCUGGAGAAGAAGAUGGCCAGCAGGCAGGGCCGGGAGGAGCUCAUCAAACAGGGGCUGCUGGAGAUGAUGGAGCAGGAUUCUGAAAGCAAAGCGUGCAGUCCCAAUGGAGGCCCCCGACCCACGCAAAGCGAGACUUCCACUGCCCAGCAGGAGACGCUGACCUCGGAGGGUGUGCAGCCCGGAAGCCCCUUGGCCAGCGGGUCUGACCAGGCCUCCCUGGAUGAGCUGCUGUCCUCAGAGGCCCAUCUGGAUGAUGCAGCUAAGAUGCCGUCUGCAGCCAGCGGGGAAGAAGCCAAUGCCGGCAGCCUCCUGCCCACCACGGACGAGCUCUCUCAAGCCUUAGCUGGGUCUGACCCCCUGGACAGUCCUCCCAGACCCCUGGAGAGAUCCACGAGCCCCCCACUGCUGCCCACCCCACCACCCAAGACCAGCUGCAAAGCCACAAAAAAUAUCACAGGUCAGGCUGUGCUCUUCCAAGGCCCCAGCAUGAAGAGUGCCGACCCAGCCCUCCGAGGACAGCUUGCCACCCCCACGGGGUCUCCCCAUCUCACCACUGUCCACAGGCCACUGCCUCCCAGCCGCGUGAUCGAGGAGCUACACAGGGCGCUGGCCACGAAGCAUCGUCAAGAUAGUUUCCAAGGACGGGAAUGCAGGGGGUCUCCAAAGAAGCGGAUGGAUGUGCGUCUGUCAAGGACAUCUAGCAUGGAGCGAGGCAAAGAGAGGGAAGAGGCGUGGAGCUUUGAUGGGGCUCUGGAGAAUAAGCGAACUGCCACUAAAGACUCGGAGGAGAACAAGGAGAAUCUGAUCCUGAACUCGGAGCUCAAGGAUGACUUGCUUCUGUACCAAGAUGAGGAAGCCCUCAAUGACUCCAUCAUUUCUGGAACACUGCCUAGGAAAUGCAAGAAGGAGCUGCUGGCGGUGAAGCUGCAGAACAGGCCGAGCAAGCAGGAGCUGGAGGACAGGAACAUCUUCCCCAGGAGGACGGAUGAGGAGAGACAGGAGAUUCGGCAGCAGAUAGAGAUGAAGCUAUCCAAAAGACUGAGCCAGAGACCUGCUGUGGAGGAGCUGGAGAGAAGAAAUAUCCUGAAACAAAGGAAUGAUCAGACCGAGCAGGAAGAAAGACGGGAAAUCAAGCAAAGACUAACAAGAAAGCUUAAUCAGAGACCCACUGUUGAUGAAUUAAGGGACAGAAAAAUUCUGAUACGCUUCAGUGAUUAUGUGGAAGUAGCAAAAGCGCAAGACUAUGACAGGAGGGCAGACAAACCCUGGACGAGACUGUCAGCAGCAGACAAGGCAGCAAUUCGUAAGGAAUUAAAUGAGUAUAAAAGUAAUGAAAUGGAGGUGCAUGCAUCCAGCAAGCAUUUGACAAGAUUCCACAGGCCAUAGAGAUUUUCUUCUGAGAAGAAUUUGUGUUUAAUUUUUGAUACCAACACUGAACAUUCAUCAGGGAACUUUCCUGAAGUUUAGCUCAAGACGACCUGCUGUGUUUGUGAGAAGAGCAGAACCACACCCAGGUGCAAUCUUGGCCACACUUACCUACAUGAGGAGUGACCCAGAGGACACACUUCUUCUUUGGUGUCUGAGGAGUGUGAACUGUUGGGGACAGUUAAGACCCAGAGUAACUCUCCCAGAAGAAAACUGUUUGCCUUUCAACCUUGUUUUACAGUUCUGCAGUAUAACGGAGGAUGGGCGACAUGCAUGUGCAGGCUCACACUCCCAGGCCUCUGACAUGAGGGACAUGUGACCCAGUGUCAUUCAGUAUUUUGUUGAAAAGACAUUUUUAUUCUGAUUAUUUGAAAACUCUUUAAGUUCAUGAUAUAUAAAGUGAUUUACUGUAUUAUACUUUCUCUUUUUUUAUAUGUCUAACAAAAUAUACAGCUCCAACAUUUUGAUUCUUGUUAAUUUUGUUCUUUAAUUAAAUGACUACUUAUUGCAGGAAAUUAA